UAAUAUUAUUUUUUCAGAUAAGAUAGUGUGUACAUAAAACUGCCUAAUGCGGAUAAGAAUUAUCCAUCAAGUUGACUAAUAUUUUGUUAAAAAACAGGUAUGAAAAUUAUCUCCAGCAUUGCAGUUAAUGUUACAUCAAAAUGAAGUCCAACGUUGUGUUAGUACUUCUGGUUACGUUCUUCUUUACGCUUUCACUUUCUGAUCCAUCCAGUGAUGAUGUAAUUUUCAAUUUUUACAAAGAACCGAAGAUAUCCACAGAAAUUAUUAUUAGUAAGAUUGAUGAGUUGAAGGAUGCUGGAUUUGAUGCAACUCAUGAUACCGUUCUUUUGAUUUACAGUUAUGGAGAUCCAUCAGAUUUAGAAACUAAAUGGAAGUUGUCGAGUUCAAUUUUUGGAGUCGUUGCUGAUCUGAAUAUUUUUGUCGUCGAUUGGAGUAAAGCAACUACAAAAGAUUACUUCGAAGCUCAAAAGGAUGUGACAACAGUUGGUGGAUAUAUUACAGAGUUUCUUAAUGCACUUGUAUCUAAAUAUACAUUAAACUUAGAUAGAGUCACCAUCAUCGGCUGGGAUCUUGGAGCACACAUCGCUGGAACAGCUGGAAAGAAAAUGGAUAAGAAGUUAUCUACGAUUAUAGGUCUUGAUCCCGCUGGUCCACUCUUUGUAAACAAAGACACUUCCAAUCGCCUUCUUGCAACAGAUGCCAACUAUGUACAAGUGAUUCACACAAAUGCUCUCAUUAAUGGAUUUUCUUAUCCUUGUGGAACUGCAGAUUAUUAUCCAAAUGGUGGAGAAAACCAAACCAGCUGUGGAAACGACAUAACUGGAGUAUGCUCGCAUCAGAGGUCUUUGGCAUUCUACGUUGAAUCUCUAACUAGUGAUAAGUUUGUGAGUUACAAGUGUGACGACUAUGAUAGUUACAAAAAUGGAACGUGCAAACUUCAAGAUGAUAAUAAGUCUAUAAUGGGCCAGUUUACUACCAAAAUAGAUACAAAGGCAAGCGGUACCUAUUUUCUGGACACGAAUGAUAAACCUCCCUAUGCCAAGGGUUAAAAUCUGAAAGUGUUUUUAUAUUUAUUACUUAGACCUAGGUAGAUGAUCAUGCAAUUAUAAGGUUUUGUCUUAUAAUAUAUGUUAAAUAUAGUUAAUUGACAAUUUUAUUUACAAUAAUACAAUCAAAGAAAUAAAGUUAAAUUUCGA